UGCUCAUGUCACCGGAUCAAACAUCACAGCUCGGUCGUAGCUCAGUUCAGCCUCUCUCCUCAGUUUGCUGUCGUUAACCCUGGGCUGCGUGUGCCGGAGCGAAGAUGGGGGUCCCGAAGUUUUACCGAUGGAUAUCGGAGCGCUACCCGUGCCUGAGCGAGGUGGUGAAGGAGCACCAGAUUCCAGAAUUUGACAAUCUCUACCUAGACAUGAAUGGCAUCAUCCACCAGUGUUCUCACCCCAAUGAUGAGGAUGUCCACUUUCGAAUCUCUGAGGAAAAGAUUUUUGCCGACAUAUUCCAUUACUUGGAGGUGCUGUUCAGAAUCAUCAAGCCUCGCAAGGUCUUCUUCAUGGCUGUGGAUGGUGUGGCACCGAGGGCAAAGAUGAAUCAACAGAGAGGACGUAGAUUCAGGUCCGCCAAAGAAGCAGAGGAAAAGAUAAAGAAAGCUCUGGAUAAAGGAGAGGUGCUUCCCACAGAGGCUCGCUUUGACUCCAACUGUAUCACUCCUGGCACUGAUUUCAUGGCGAGACUUCAGGAACAGCUAAAGUACUUUGUGCACAACAAGCUUUCCACUGACAAGCUGUGGCAGGACGUCAAAGUCUACUUGUCUGGUCACGAGACACCCGGCGAGGGAGAACACAAGAUCAUGGAGUUUAUUCGUUCUGAGAAUGGCAAACCCAAUCACGACCCUAACACCCGACACUGCCUUUAUGGUCUGGACGCCGACCUGAUUAUCCUGGGUUUAACCAGCCAUGAGCCAAAUUUUUCUCUGCUCAGAGAGGAAGUCCGUUUUGGAGGGAGAAAGUCACAGAAAAGGAUAACAGCUCCAGAGGAAACAACAUUUCACUUGCUCCACCUGUCUCUGAUGAGGGAGUACAUAGACUAUGAGUUUUCAGAGCUGAAGGACCAGAUGGGUUCUGAUUAUGACCUGGAGCGAAUAAUAGAUGACUGGAUUCUAAUGGGCUUCCUUGUAGGAAAUGAUUUCAUCCCUCACCUCCCUCAUCUUCACAUUAAUCAUGAUGCUUUGCCGUUGCUCUACAAGACUUACAUCAGUGUACUACCAAGCCUGGGGGGUUAUCUGAAUGAGAACGGCCACUUGAACCUCAGAAGCUUUGAGAAAUACCUGGAGAAACUUUCUGAGUUUGACCGGGAACAUUUUAAUGACGUGUUUGUGGACCUGAAGUGGUUUGAGAGCAAGGUCGGUAACAAGUAUCUGAACGAGGCUGCCGGUCUGGCCGCUGAGAAGGAAGCUGCCCAGAGAAAUGCCACCAAGAACAUGGAUUCUAACGUUCAGCCUGGAGCCCUGACCUCGUCCGAGAAGGUCGGAGGAGGGAAAGGAGUGGCAGAUGAUGAGGAAGAGGAAGACGAUAUGUUUGAAACGGAGUUCAGGCAGUACAAACGCACGUACUAUAUGACCAAGAUGGUCGUGGAUGUGGUGUCUGAUGAGUUUCUAGCUAAGCAAGCCUUGUGUUAUGUGGAAGGUAUCCAGUGGAUUCUUCACUACUAUUACCAUGGAGUUCAGUCAUGGAGUUGGUACUACCCAUACCACUAUGCCCCAUUCCUGUCCGACAUCAGAAAUAUAGCAGGGUUAAGGCUGACCUUUGAUUUUGGGAUGCCCUUCAUGCCCUUCCAGCAGCUGCUGGCCGUCCUCCCCGCCGCCAGCAAGGAACUGCUGCCCGAGUGCUACAGGCACCUGAUGACCAGUGAAAACUCGCCCAUUAUUGAGUAUUAUCCUCCUGACUUCAAAACCGACCUCAAUGGCAAGCAGCAGGAAUGGGAAGCUGUGGUGCUCAUCCCGUUCAUAGAUGAGAGGUGUUUGCUAGCAGCCAUGGACCCUCACAGUCACAAGAUGACAAGAGAGGAGAAGGCCAGGAAUUGUCACACAGAGUGUGCCGUCUACCAAUAUGACUCCGACACAGACUUCGCCUACAGCUCCAUGCUACCUCAGCUGUUCCCCCACAUCAGCCACUGCCAUGUCAGAAAAGCCCACAUCUCUAUGGAUGCUUGGAGCGUAGCUUUGGACCACGUCAGCAAGUCCGUUGACCGCUCAUCGCUGUACUUUUGUGGCUUCCCUACUUUGCAGCAUAUCAGACACAAGUUCUUCAAGAGGAAGAGCGGGGUGGUCGUGUUUCAGCAGAGUAGCAGAGGAGAGAACAUGAUGCUGGAAGUCCUCCGUCGGCAGGACGACGAACCUAUAUGUGAUGAUGUUGCUUCUCAAGUUCUGGGAAAGUCUGUGUUUGUGAACUGGCCCCAUCUAGAGGAAGCUCGUAUUGUUGCAGUUUCAGAUGGUGAAACCAAGUUUUCUCUGGAGGAACCUCCUGGAGUGCAGCGAGUGUAUGACCGGCCGUCCUCCCCUCCUCCCAUCAAAGUCUCCCGUCUGUCUGACAAGGAGCAGAAGGACUGGGUGAAGGAUGUCCAGGGAAUCACUGAAUACUACGUGAAGAGGAAAGGCAUCUUUAUAAAGGACACGGGGAUAGUUCUGUAUGGUCAGCUGCUGGCAGGAAGAAAAUAUGUACCUAAAGCCAAGGGAGUGGUGGAACUGGAAAAGCAGUGGGCCAAACAAGUCCUCCCUUUUGCCCACCAGACUGUCGUUAAGGACAUUAAGGCCUUUUACUCGUCUCUAACCAGCUUCAAGAGCUUGGACGACCUCUUUCCUCCAGGAUCAACCGUCUUCAUGGUGGGAAGCCCGUACUACGGUGCCAUGGGAGAGGUCCAAGAUUCUCAAGACGUCAUUACAGAUGGUCGGAUACGAGUGGUCUUCAAUGUGCCUCAUGAGCCACAGCUGGAGCACUUAAUCCAAAAUCAACACAAAUAUUCUGUGAAGUAUUGUCCAGGAUACGUUCUGGCUUCUCGUCUUGGCAUCAGCGGCUACCUCGUCUCCCGGUUCUCCGGAAGCAUCUUCAUUGGUCGAGGCUCCAAGAAGAAUCCCUGCGGGGAGCAGAGAAGUAAUGUUGGCCUGAACCUGAAGUUCAACAAGAAGAACGAGGAGGUUCCUGGAUACACCAAGAGGACUGAGAAAGAGUGGCUCUACUCGGCUGCUGUUGAGGAGCUGCUCGCCGAAUACUUGGACAGGUUUUCUGAGGUUUUUGAUUUAGUAUCCAGAAACAGCCAUGACGAUGUUUUCUAUGAAGAUGACAUCUGGCCUGGAGAGGAUCAGAAUGGGGCGGAGAGGGUGAGUGAGAUCACGUCUUGGUUGAAAGGCCACCCGGUCAGCUCCAUCAGCAGGGCGUCAUGUGACCUCCAGGUCCUGGACGCUGCUAUUGUGGAGAGGAUCGAGGAAGCUGUAGAGAAGGUUAAGGUAAAGAAGGGGAUAAAGAAAGUCCGCGUGACAGUGAAGCCUCGUCUCCUCUUCAGACCCCUGGUGCAGCAGCAGGGUGUCGUUCCGGACCCAGAUGCAGAGUCUCGUCUGUUUGACAGAGUUGUCAACAUUAGGGAGAGCUUUACUGUCCCACUGGGACUCAAAGGGACGAUCGUCGGCAUUAAAGCAGCGGAGCGUGAAGCAGAGGUUCUCUAUGAAGUCCUGUUUGAUGAGGAAUUUGCUGGAGGACUUAGCAUCAGGUGUACCUCGCCCCGUGGCUACCGCCUCCCUCCCUGCGCCCUGAUUAACCUUUCCCACGGAGUCCGCAUGGAUCACACCUCCCACAAACUCACCGCUAUCGUCAAACCUCAGCCCGCCUCCAACAACUCCCACCGCCAGCUGGAAGGCCUCAACCACUCACCUCGCUCACCCUUCGUACCCACACAGCAUAACAACAAACACGGUGUGAUGAGGGCUGCCUCUCAGGAUAACACAAACUCUCCUUCUAAAGGCCCCUACCAGAAACAACAGGCCAAGGGUAAAGAGGAGUACAGUAAUGUGUGGUCGUCCCUGCAGAAGACGGGCCCUCCUAACAAACCCCCAGGUCCCUGGAACAGUCAACAGACACCUCCUGGUGGCAUCAGACUGCUGAAGAAAAAUGAAGACGCCAACAUCCUUUUCCCCUCAUCGACCACAGCUAAUAAGGGCACGACUGAAUUUGAGGACCUCAUCGCCAGCCUUAAGAUCUCCAGCGGGAGCCAGCAAACUCUGCCGCCUCCCGCUCCCCUGCAGGAGCCCAGCAGCCAGUCAGACGGGCCUCUGUCUCCACAGUCGUUCGCCAUGAAGGGAACCCUGGUGCUGAAGGAGAUGCUUAAGAUUGACAGCCCUGGAAUAGGAAGUCCGUCCCCACAAGACGCAGCAAACAUCAACCCCUCUGCUGAACACCAGCAGAACAGGAGACGCUCAUCCAAGAAAUUAGCUGCAAAAAUGAACAGCCCUCAGAUUGACACGGCUGCAUUACCGUCUCCGGCGUCAGCUGCUUCUGCUAACACGGCACUGAGCAGUAAAGUGUCAGAGCUGGCCUGUGUGUGUAUGGGCCUGGGCAUGGCACCUCCCGAGUUCAACUUCAUAGGCAACAGACAGGGUCUGGUCGUGUGUGGGGUGAAGUUGUCCAACGGGUUGAUGGUUCAUGGUCCACAGUGCCAAUCAGAGAAUGAUGCCAAGGAGAAAGCUGCCUUCUUUGCCCUUCAAAGACUGAAAUCCGUGGGGUCAGGCUUCCCUAUCCCCCCUCCUCUAUACCCGGGGAUGGGACAGAUACGACCCCCACCGAUGCCGCCCGUCUUCAACCAACAAGGGGGGUUGCUGUUGCCCCCCCAGGGUUAUAACCCGGCCCCUAUGUGGGGAAUGACGAUGCCUCCACACCACCACCCCAACCAGCCGUUCUACGGAGCAACGGGGACGUUUCCCGGUGCUGCCCGUCCCCAGCCUGCAACCACGCUACCCAUUGGCUCUCACAACCAGUUCAUCCCAUUGCAGGUGACUAAAAAGCGAGUGUCGGCCAACAAAAAGAACCAGGAACCUCGAGAGUUUUACAGCGCUGCCAAAACUGUUGCCAAGAACCAAUCAGAGCGAGCCCAGAACCAGCGCUCUAGUCAGUCCCAAGCUCACCGUGAACCACAGCAACACGACACCGUCAUUUACCCCUCCUCCUCGUCCAGUCCCAGUUUGGCAGACGGCGUUUCCACCGCGACUGCAGCCUCCCACACACCACCCCGACUAAGCGCGCCGGCACCACGUCACACCCCUGGCUCCGGCUCCAAGAGGAAGCACAGGAAGUUGGCUGUAAACUUUGAGGCAGCUAAAGUGUCAGAGUGAGCUGUGGUUGAUCGGUGCGUGUGUGUGUGUGUGUGUGUGUGUGUGAGGAAAGAGGAGUGUGUGGUGGUUAAAAGCUGCUGUUUCCUAGCCUGACUCAGCAUUUCUGAUCAAACCUUCAUCAAUGUAAAAGUUUCAGAGCAGAUAGCUUCAGUCAUGGAUACAAACUGGAUUUUUAUCAUUUGUCUUUUAUGCAAACUAAAACAUAUUCAACAUUUACUGCCGUCUGAAUCUAUUACAGCAAAGAACAUUGAACCUGUGUCACCUCCUCCGUGGAGUUCAGAGCGACAUCAGAGUAUAGAAGUCCAGCAACAGUCCCUCUAAUAUAAUAUACCUCUGCAAGCUUCAGUAUGGCCAGUGUGUGAGUUCAGUGCAGUUGCCUUCCAGUCAUGGCUGAGUUCUAACUCGCUAGUAUCAGCUGGAUUUUUGCUAAAAGAACCUCUUAUUCAUUCCUCUGCAGAACUGAUUAAAGUAGAAUUCCUUUUAAUCAAUGAUCUAUUUAGCACACCUGGCAGAAUUUAAUACACACUGCAUUUUCCAUCAGCUUUGUCAACAUUAUACUCACACAGUUGAUGCUGAUGUCACAAAACAAGAUGAACAGCAAGUCAAGAGAUUUUAAUUUAACAUGUAUGAUUAUUUUUUUUUUGGAAAAAAAAAAAUCCAAACUGGAGACAAAAGUGACUAAAACAUUUAUUCUACUUAGAAAGAUUUUUUCUUAUUUAAAGAUAUUCACAAACAACUUGCUACACUUUAAUAGUGGGAUGGAAAUUAUGUUUUUUAAACAUUUUUUUAAGAUGUUGCUGUGCUCCAGGACAAUGAUUUAGUGAGUACAAUGUCAACAUUUGCUGAUGGUCAAGGCUACACGGUAAACUUCAGCAAAUAAAGACAGGCACACGCACUUCGUUUCACUGCUGGCACAAAGAAUAUUCGUUUCCCUCCAACUUUUGUAGUGAAGAAAAUAUAGUGGCAUUGCUUUAAAAGGCUGUGGUAAAUAAUUCAUGCAUCUAUGACUCACUUAUGUGGCAUUGUUUCCUCUAUGUUCAAUUAAUUUUGUGCGAUCUGAAGUAAACGGUGAAUGUUAAACCGCUUUGAAAGUGCUGCAUCGAUGUCCAGAUGACGGCGGCGUCUUCGCUCUGCACUCCACUGGAGGCGAACAGAGGUGUCGACAUCAGCCCUGCCGCCAGUUACACACGGCAGCAUUUCCCGUCAUUUCAGGGCAUCGUAAAGACCAAAUGUAGACCUUGGUUCUCAGGGACGUUAUCAGUGGUAGAAGGUGCCCUCUCAUGCUGGCCUCAGAUCUGCUCUGCAGUUCUUCACAAGUCACCGCGUCUCUUAGAAAACUCAUUGAAGCAUUUAUGGCGACUGUGUUGGCUUUUCUUUUGCUUUUUUUGUAGUAGUCGUUGGUUUAGAAAUUAUACGGACCCUCAAUCAAAGCACGUUGAUGAGCUUUUUCCCCCUUUUUUUUAGCAUUUUUCUUUUGGGUGUCCAUCUUUUAUUUACACAGCCUUUGGUUACUUUCAUUCAACAGUAUUUUUAGACCUUUUAUGGUUUAACAGCACUGCCAAAUUAUAAAGUUGAACACACAAGUGUGGCUUUAAAUACUUGGGAAAUCACCCCCUCUCACAUGCAGCGUCAUCAUUUGUCCAUUUCAUUUUUCUGCUCUGCUGUAUUUGGAUACGUGUAGUUGGAAACAUGUGCAAUGACAUACAGAAGAAACAGAAACCCUGCCUACCUUGAUCACUUUUGAACUCUGAAGGGUCCGAGCAGUUUUGCGUUGUGUUUGCGUGGCCUGAACAGCAGAAUGUUUAUUUUAACUGACUGCAACUAGAAUAUUGCUUGAUCACUCUGUAGGUCUUUUUGUUUUGUGUUUUAACCAUCAGUUCACAUCUUUAAUGAUUUUUAGUUUUUCUAUCUCAAAUCAGUUGUGUGUACUUAAGACAAAACAAGUGGAACCACCAGCAGCCAGUGGGUUUUUUGGCGUUUGAAAUUGAUUUUAAUAAUUAAUUUGUUGUGGACACAGUUUCCAUGUGUAACUUUUGGAACAUGCUGGUGUAUGUUUUUUCCACUUCUGAGUUUUUAUGUGAAUAUAGAACUCGUGGAACUAAAGAUGCCAAUUGUUCUUGACUUUAAAUAUAAAUUACAAUAUAUGCAUUUAUGAGUGUGACUAGUGAUGUCAUAUAAACCGUAGCCUCUGAAAGCUAAAGUCGCUGAUAUUUGGGAAUGAAAGCUGAACUCUCUUAAAAACUAAAAUUAUGUCAACUAGAUUGGGGUCGAUCACAUGUGGAGUCUCAGUUCAAAGUAGCUGUGGACAGCAGUCGGACCUUUGCUGCAAAACAUUUAUACCGUAUUCCCUGAGAUGCUUUUGGUAAAUGUUUGCAAGUUUCUGGGGCUUUUUAUUUUUGUGCUUUUCUGUUUUAAAAUAACUCUUUGCUAUAUCCCUUUUUGUCCCGUCCAAUUGUGUAUUUUAUCAACACCAUUUUAGUAGAAACUCUUUCAAUUAAGUGUGACGGCAGUCGUAGUGUUUAAAAAAAAAAAAAAGAAAAAAAGAAAAAGCCAGUUUUUCAUUUUAAGGUUGCAGAUCCAGCUCUUGUUUUCUUUCUUUAUUUCCCCUCUGCCUCUUUUUUUAGCCAGCACCCUAACGGCAGCCCCGGGAUUGAAGUCUGUAAGGCUCUGGUGCAAUAAGGGCAGGUUUUCAGACUUUUUGGAAAUUGAAAGCACACCUGUUGUAUAUGUGUUGUUUUUUUUUUUUUUUUUUUUUUUUUUUUUUUUGAAAUAUGAAACAAGUAGACAAUUGUCAAUAUAAAAAUAUAACAACUCGCUGUUUUGAAUCAGGAAUGUGCUGUACAUAUCCAUUUAAUAAACACCUUUUUUUUGUUAGAACA